ACAAAAACGCCACGAUGAAAGUUGGACCACUUGAGGUGUUGCUGUGUGUCACUUGUGCCAUUGUCAUGAAUAAGUGCGAAGGAGUUACGGUUCCUUGUCUGGCGUGCUCCUACACAUUCGCGGGCGAUGGGACCAGAGACCGAGAGUGUGUCACCGAUGUGCUCAGUAACGCUCACACUAAAGUGGUCAACUGUACCUCGGGUCGAUGCUACAUCAAGGCUGUCUAUGCUCAUGAUUAUCUGAAGCUAGACUCGCUCAGUCGUGGGUGCAAUUUUGACACAUCGGACUCCGAUAAAUGUGACCCACCAACUAGCAUGAUCCCCACCUGCCAGAUGGUCUGUUCCAGUGACCAGUGUAACAGCCAACAUGGCGACAUCUGGAGCAGCAAGAAGCAUGACAACGGAGAUGCCAGUUUGGCUCACUGUAACCAUUACCUUGUUUUUGUUGGCCUAUUUUUUUGUGUUGGUUUUCAAACAAGCAUUUGCAGAACAGUGAAUUAA